GGUGCAGGACAUGGUCAAGGAGAGCUGGUUCAGUGAAGCUAUUGCUGAUGAGCCUGACUUUUUCCUCCUUUGGGAAUGGCACAUUGAUAAAACAAACAGACACAUGCCGGUACGAAUGGACAACUGGCCCACUGUGUUCAACGCCGUUCGUGCGGUGCACCCCGAGACGCCCAUCCUCAUCCUUGGUGGACACUCGCACAUCCGUGACUGUGUCCAGCUUGAUGGACGUUCGAUGGCCCUCGAGAGCGGCCGCUACAUGGAGACUAUAGGCUGGAUGAGCGUCGACCUCGACGAGGCGAACAGCAAGCAGAACCUGUCGUUCACCCGCCGCUACCUUGACCAAAACCGGGUCGCCUACGAAUAUCACACGAGCCAGAAGAAUGAGACGUUUGACACGGUGGAAGGCCGCGAGAUCACAGCGGGCCUCGAGCAGCUCUUCAACCAGUUUGACCUCAGCUUCCUCUUUGGCACUGCGCCGCGGGACUACACGCUCAGCCGUGACCCCUACCCGUCCAACGGUUCAGCUCUGAGCCUGUUCGUACAGGAGGCGCUGCCCGUCGCGCUCGCGAUCAACAACUCGCGUGCGAACAUCCCCAACAUCAUCAUCACCGACUCAGCCGAGCUGCGUUUCGACAUUUACUCAGGGCCGUUCGACAAGAACGACCAGCUGACGACGUGCCCCUUCAUGGACUCGUUUCUCUUCAUCCCGAACGUCACCGCCGGCGUCGCGAAUCAGGUGCUGCCCAUACUCAACGGCGAAGGCGUGGACGAGCGUAAGCGCGCGCUUCGGAGCCUCUACGAGCUUGGCGAGAUGUACGGCCGUGGCAAUGUCGAACGGGUCUACCGCGCGUGGCUCGCGGACAUGGACCGCCGCAGCGGGCCUGAGCGCCGCGCGAUGCAGAACCUGACGCUCGGGUACGUCACGGACGACGCGUGCCCGGGCGUCGGCGACGACGUCCUCCACUCGCCGCUGCCGUUCUUCGACUCGCCCGACUUUAUCGCCUCGAACGCGCCCAACGUAUCCGACGACACACCAAUCGAUCUCGUGUUCAUCAACUUCAUCGAGGACCAGCUCCUCUCCGUGCUCAACAGCAUCCAGACGGAGAAGAACUACACCGACGCGGACGUGAUGUCGUACACGCCCACCCUGGCGAGCGAGGUCUUUGGUUUGUAUGCGCAGGCGGCGUGGAACUAG